UAAAAAAAAAAAUAGUAAUGGCCACUUCAGAAAACUUAAGGUAACCAAUUGAAAUUUGGUUGGUACAUAUAUAGAUCUCAGUUGACAAUACAAGUACAGUCAACAAAAAGCACAGUCAGCGAAAAAAAGCUAUUAGAUUCUGCUAUUAGAUUUUUAUAUAACGUUAUUGAAAUAAACAACUUUGCGCCUUAUUAAUAUUUUUUGUUUCUUACCUACCCUACCAACUUUGUGCAAAUUAAUGUUCAGUUUUUAUUAUCUUCUCAAUUUUGACAACCCUAGCACUUUUAAAUCGCUACACGCCGUUUGUAUGAAGAAGAAAAAAUGUACAGGCUAACAUUGCCCACUCAUUUUAAUAGGAAAGUAUUUCGAGCAUGUAUUAUUAUGUCGAGUAAAUUUUUGAACCGAUCGCCUUCAUUGCCAAAAUACUUUCAUUGGUUUUUAUGGCAACCAAAUAAGGUCUAUAGUUGCGCUAAAAAUCACGGUGGGCAAUGUUGGCUAAAAGUCCAGAUAACUUUACCCGACCUCAAAAUCGGUCAUAUGAUGGAGAAAACGUUGACUAAAGUUAAAUUUGCAGUUAAAUUUAAAUGCGCAUGAUCUCGGUGUUACCACAGAUACAUAAAUAUUUCCGAGGUUUCAUACAAAAAACUAGAAUUUUUUUAGUUUUUCCCAAAAAAGUGGGCAAAGUUGGCGUAUUUAACGGUACCUAGUUAGUCAGUAGUGCGUGUUUUUUUUUUCUUUUAACAGAAGAAGGGGAAUCGACACAAUAAUACAUAUAUAAACAAAAUCAGUGAUAACAACGCUCACAAGCAAUGUAAUGACAUUCUAAGUGGACAACCCAACUAAGGCGACUGAGCAAAACUGUGGCAAAACCCUGGUAAUAAUUACUGGAAACAAUAAUCAUUUUCGCCUCGAGUGUCAUAGGUAUGGUCGGACGUGAAAAAAGUAAAAUUUUCAGGAGAGCCAAAAAAAUUGGCACUUUAGUUUGCCAUUAUUUCACGAACUAUGUGGGCUAGACAUACCAGGCUUUUUUUUAUUGAGAAAGGCCUUUUUACCUUCUAUUUUGGAUACUUACGUAAAAACGUUGUAGUACCGUUGAUACUAUUUAAUAGGGCGCUAUUUAUGCAAGAAGAUUUUUCUCAAUUGAACAGUAAAAGAGAGGCAUAAAAUCGUAUUUUGACUUAAUUACACUCAACUCGUUGAUUAUUUUAGGCAUAAGGUCUUAAGCUCAGAUCCGAAACGUAGUAAUGUUACUAAAAUUAUAGGCAAAACGUCAUAUGUAAUAAAUGUGUGUCAACAUUUUAGAUGUAUAACUAAACGCCAACCACAAAAUUGAAACAAUUCAAAGGAAAAAUUAUGGAAAAAGACGGAUGUGAAAACAAUGCUUUAUGCUUCAUUAAAAUAAGGAAACUCAUGAAAUCCGACCUUGUGCACUUUCAUCGUCUCGGAAACAUGGUAGAAAUUCGUAAAAAAAAUAAUUCACUAUUUAUUAGCGUUAUGUUAAAAUAUCAUUUUUGUUGGAUGUUCAUAUCCGACGUUAUGGAAGUUGUGUCGAGAAUUACUUAUUUCAGUCAGGAGAUAUCCAUAAAGCAAGUUUUAAAAACUAUUACUAUUACUAUUGUUUAGAUUAAGCAACGUCCGCAUUUAUUUAUGAAGUUAUUGGGUGACGUGAUGUACCUAACAUAAUUGGUGUGCUAUAGUAUUUCAAUUGAUUAAACUAUUGUAAAUAUCCGAAAUAUACGGAUCCUAUGGGCCCUUGGAUCCGGAUCUCAAAUUUGACGGAUAUCCGGAUAUUUCGGAUAUCCGGAUCUCAAACCCUACCUACAAUGUAACCUGAUUCUUACAUACAAUAAAAACUUUGAACUUCGUAAGGUAUUUCUGUUAUAUUUAUGUGUAUUUGAUAUAUACUACUCAGGAUACGAUGUGUAAUUGAACAAUGGUAGAUGUUGCGUAUUAGACAAUUCUCAGUGUUUGGAAUUCACACACGUCACAAAUUUGAUUUCAAGUUACCGAAAGAAAGGCCCGUUCCUGCUGCGAUUUCAAUCCAAUACAAAUUGUACCUAUCAACUUUAAUUUCUCAUUCGAGAUUUAACCUCAAUUCUUUCAAUUAUGUUACAGAAUAUGCACCUGAUAAUUAAUUGAUUCGUUUACUCUUGAACCAGAUUGCAUUUGAUAUUCACCUUGAAUGUAUUUAGAUAAAGAAAACAAACCAUUAACUACAUUGCAUACCAAACGUGCUUAUAAAUACGCCGUUUUUACCGUUUAUCUUUACAACAGUAAUGUUAGACGAUGCGCGGAUUCUUAAUUACAAAGUAAAAUAUAACCAGUCUAGCAGCGUGAAAGUGCAUCUUCUUGCGUAUUUACGAACAUACUGGAAUAAUUGUUUUAAAGUAACUGCUUCCCUGUCAGCUAACAGCUGGAAUCUAUUCCUAAAAAUAAACAAACAAUAUAGUAAUGGUAAACGACAGUUGCAGUUGUUUGUUUUGCUGCAUAGUUCAAAUUUCCCUCUUGCCGUUGGAGACAUCCAGUCGCGUACCUGUCUGGCGAGCGGCAAUCGUUACCGUCCGGCGCGCCGGUCUGCAUCGGCAGGCAUGCGCACUCCGCUAGUUUAUCUGAGUAGGAAAUGAGGACCGAGGCAUGGAAGCGCGUUCUCGGUGCCGCGACGGCGAGGAGUCCCCGGCCGCUGCCGCGCCGCCGCGCCGCCCUCACCCGACACCCGCAGUCCACUCGCCGCGCCGGCUCAGCGCGCUACACGCUAACCGCAACAUGGUAAUGGACAACCGAAUGAAUGAAGAAAAUAAAAACGACAACAACUCUUCCAUAUUUAUAAUUAACUUUCAGUAUGGGGAUGUUGUAAACUAUUCUUUGGUUUUAGUUAAAGGAAUAAUAACCAGGGGAAAUUCAAACAAUAAUGAUAAAAUACUAUGCACUGUUACAAAUGGUGGAGUUCAAAAUAAGUCAGAAUGGAUAAUAUACAACGGAGAGUUCAAAGCGUUAAUUGAAUUGAAUAAAGGCGAGAAUAUAAUUGAUUUUGAAUAUACCGGACAGCAGCGUAAAACCUUACUACUCGAUUAUACACCAAGAAGAACAAAUUUAAGAGUAACACCAGUUUACAUAAUUUGCCAAGGACACGAUGGCUAUUUCCAAAGUCCACCUAAUGUCGACAAUUCCGUAGAAAGUGCUUGUUUACGCAUAGCAAUUGGAGCUAAGCUGAUUCAAAGUCUAACUGCAGAAAAACUUUUUGAAAGUGGAUUCGGAAGAAAAACAUUCCAGCUCGAACACGAAGUCAACCCAAAAAGUCCAGAAUGCAUUGUGUUCCGAAGCAACCUAAACGUAAACAAGGCGAGAAAAAUGAAACAAGCCGAUUUAUGGGCUCAUUUUGGCAGAGAGCUUAUGUUAUCUGAUUUAGGCAGUAAUGAGAGAAAAUUUCUAGCAUUUAUAUCAUGCACGAGGUUCAAGGGCACUGACUUAGACAAGCCAAUGACUCAUGAUGAGAUCGUUUCAUUGACGGAAGCCUAUGCAGCACUUGGUGGUGGAGGUUUAGCUUUGUUCGGAACCGCUUGCUUGUACACUUGGCCGACGACUGCGGACGAAAUCAUUUCAAAGUUCCAAGAUACCUCUCCUGUAAACACACGUCGUUUUAUGGACGACAGCGGAUAUCGAGGCUCACUUGGAGCUUGUUUUGCUACGACCCUGGGCUCGGUGUUUCAUGAACUAGGACAUACGUUUGAUCUCGGUCAUACAAAAGACGGUAUCAUGGGCAGAGGAUUUGACCACAUUGACAGAGUUUUUACAGUAGGUGAGAAAAAAUCUGUAUUAUCAAAAGACAAUAUGAACAACUUUGGAAAACCUGUUCAACAUUCAACAGUUUCCCUUCAGCGUAAUAUAAGUGUUACAAUGAACGUGGCUGAACCGCUCCGAGUAUUAGGACCAAGAAGCAAAACAACGUUAGGAAAUUUUGCGGCAAUGUCAAAAUCUGAUAUUAUCCGGAGAAGUCCCAAUGUCACGCCUAUAACAAGGCCAUCUAGUGUGUACUCCAAUAUAUCAAACAGGAUGACCGACUCCAGAAAAAAUGUCAAUCGGACAAAUGGAAAUGAUUCUAUUUUUUGGACAAGAAAUUGCGCUGUGCUUUUAUCAUACCACAGAUGGUUUAACAACGAGUACGGUAGAGAAAGGCAGGCAAUAACUAGAUAUCUUAAAUUUGACAAAAACAAAAUGAUGAUAAUAUCUACGGCAGGAAUAAGAAUAGUAGAAGUGAGAGAUGAAUCAAAUGGAAUGGUGUUAGAUUCAUAUGAAUUUACAGAUCUUUUACCCGAAAAGAGAUUUUUGGUGCCUUUUACCUUUUCACCUAAAAGUAAAGUUUUGACUAUAGUGGUUGAAGAUGAUUUGGGAAACGUGCUAAAACAAACACUUUCUUCUUAUUAAGCUUUAGCAGAAG